AGCUCCGAGCUACAGACAGUCUUGUUUCUGUGGGCAGGGAGGUUAAACGACAUUCCACCGCCAUAGGCCAGUUUCCACUUGGAGCGUCUGGCUUGCUGCCCCCUCUUCCCCUCAGUUGUGCAGCAGUUUGUGCGUGGUUGUUGCCUUUGAGCAGGUCUGUGCAGGACUCUGGGACACGAUGGCUUCUCGGCAGCUCUGCUUGAGGUUAAUGGGGCUCACUGUAUUGCUGACAGUGCUUGCCCUUAGAGAUGUUUCCAGUGAAAGCAGCCUUCACAAGAUCCUCAAGAAAAGAGACGUGGCAGGAGCUGGUACUGCUCCCUCAAAGUCUGCUGUGGCUGUCACUCCCUCCAAGGCCAAAGAGUUCCUGGCAAAGCUGAGCAGGAGCAAGAGGAACAUCUGGGACCGCAGCAGACCAGACGUGCAGCAGUGGAUUAUGCAGUUUAUGUACAUGGGCUUUGACGAGCAGAGGCUGGAGACGGACCUGUCUUACUGGAUGGACCAUGCGCGCUCCACUGACCACGGGCGUCAGCACCACUAUGACGAAAACUCCCCCAUCGGCCCCCGGGAUUCUGGCUCUUACAGACAUGGAGCUAAUGUCAACUAUGACUACUAUUAACUCCAAUCCCACAGCACCACUCAAACACACACUUUAUAUAUAUAUAUAUAUAUAUAUAUAUAUAUAUAAAAUGUGUGUGUCUAUAUAAUCAUAAAGCCCACUGCUCGUCUGUGGUGUGUUGUCUGAACACUGAGGCAAGGUCAUCUCUUCAUUGCAGCCCGUCUCCCCUAAAGCCGCUAAGUGAACACAGCCUAUACUAGCCCAUAACAGCUGUAUACAGACGGGUGACAAUCAAAGGAAAAACAUUACGUGAUUUACUGAGGUGUUGGGCAGCCAUGACAGUCGAGCAUCCUCGGCAGAUUCUGCAAGUCUCUGGAACUCUGCUGGAGCAAAGUCAGUGUGAAUCAUGAUGCUGUGGCCCUCUCAGCCAUCAGAUCUCAUCCCAGCUUAACACCUAUGGGAGACUUUGGACUGAUGUUUAGACAGCGCUCGCCACCGCCAUCAUCAAAUCACCGAAUGCGGGAAUAUCUUUUGGAAGAAUGGAGCUCCAUCACUUCAGUGCAACUCCAGAGACUUGAAGAAUCUAUGCCAAAGAGCGCUAAAGCUGUUCUGAUGGCUUGUGGUGCUCCAACACUUUACUAAGACACGUUUUGUUGUUUUUCCCUUUGCUACCCUUCUGUGUGUAAAAUAAUGCCAGUGCUUUCAAUGGUUCAUCUUACUGAUCCCGAACUUUAGCACAACAUAUCCCCACCGCAAUUUAUCCACUCUUUUCCAUCCACCUCAUACAUUAGUCCAUCCAUGUGUGUCUAUAUGGAAGAUGGACCCAGAUUAAAUUUAAUUAUAUUUGUUUUAGCCCUGAUUAAACAUUUCCUCCUGCCAUUUCUAUUAAAAAGGCUAAGGUCACUGAUUUGUAUGUCAUGCUGGUAAACUCGGAUGUGUUUGUAGAGUGUGCAAGAGUGUGAUCACUAAAGGAUUAGUGUCAAUAAAGAGACAUCU